GGUUGAGUGGUAAUCUUCAAAAGCAUAUGGCAACCCACACAGGGGGAAAAGCUCUUCAAUAUUCAGUAUGUGGAAAGAGACUCGGUGAGGGGGCGAAUCUUCACGAACAUCAGAGAACCCACAAAGAGGAGAAACAUUUUGAAUGCUCAGUGUGUGGAAAGAGUUUCAGUCAUAGUGGCUCUCUUCACCUGCACCAAAGAACACACACAGGAGAGAAACCUUUUGAAUGCUCAGAGUGUGGAAAGAGAUUCAGUCAGAGUGGGCAUCUUCAAAAGCACAAGAGAACCCACACAGGGGAGAAACCAUUUGAAUGCUCAGAGUGUGGAAAGAGAUUCAGUCAGAGUGGGCAUCUUCAAAAGCACAAGAGAACCCACACAGGGGAGAAACCAUUUGAAUGCUCAGAGUGUGGAAAGAGAUUCAGUCAGAGUGGGCAUCUUCAAAAGCACAAGAGAACCCACACAGGGGAGAAACCAUUUGAAUGCUCAGAGUGUGGAAAGAGAUUCAGUCAGAGUGGGCAUCUUCAAAAGCACAAGAGAACCCACACAGGGGAGAAACCAUUUGAAUGCUCAGAGUGUGGAAAGAGAUUCAGUCAGAGUGGGCAUCUUCAAAAGCACAAGAGAACCCACACAGGGGAGAAACCAUUUGAAUGCUCAGAGUGUGGAAAGAGAUUUGGUGAGAGUUGGACUCUUCACAACCAUCAGACAACCCACACAGGGGAGAAACCUUUUGAAUGCUCAGAGUGUGGAAAGAGAUUCAGUCAGAGUAGCAGUCUUCAAUAUCAUCGAAGAACCCACACAGGGGAGAAACCAUUUGAAUGUUCAGAGUGUGGAAAGAGAUUCAGUAAGAAUGGCAGUCUUCAAUAUCAUCGAAGAACCCACACAGGGGAGAAACCAUUUGAAUGUUCAGAGUGUGGAAAGAGAUUCAGUAAGAAUGGCAGUCUUCAAUAUCAUCGAAGAACCCACACAGGGGAGAAACCAUUUGAAUGUUCAGAGUGUGGAAAGAGAUUCAGUAAGAAUGGCAGUCUUCAAUAUCAUCGAAGAACCCACACAGGGGAGAAACCAUUUGAAUGUUCAGAGUGUGGAAAGAGAUUCAGUAAGAAUGGCAGUCUUCAAUAUCAUCGAAGAACCCACACAGGGGAGAAACCAUUUGAAUGUUCAGAGUGUGGAAAGAGAUUCAGUAAGAAUGGCAGUCUUCAAUAUCAUCGAAGAACCCACACAGGGGAGAAACCAUUUGAAUGUUCAGAGUGUGGAAAGAGAUUCAGUAAGAAUGGCAGUCUUCAAUAUCAUCGAAGAACCCACACAGGGGAGAAACCAUUUGAAUGUUCAGAGUGUGGAAAGAGAUUCAGUAAGAAUGGCAGUCUUCAAUAUCAUCGAAGAACCCACACAGGGGAGAAACCAUUUGAAUGUUCAGAGUGUGGAAAGAGAUUCAGUAAGAAUGGCAGUCUUCAAUAUCAUCGAAGAACCCACACAGGGGAGAAACCAUUUGAAUGUUCAGAGUGUGGAAAGAGAUUCAGUAAGAAUGGCAGUCUUCAAUAUCAUCGAAGAACCCACACAAGGGAGAAAGCAUUUGAAUACUCAGAGUGUGGAAAGAGAUUCAGUCAGAGUGGCACUCUUCAAAAGGAUCUGACAACCCAAACAGGAGAGAAACCUUUUGAAUGCUCAGUGUGUGGAAAGAGAUUCAGUCUGCGUGGCAAUCUUCACCAACAUCAGAGAACCCACACAGGGGAGAAGGCUUUUGAAUGCUCUGAGUGUGGAAAGAGAUUCAGUCGGAGUGGCAAUCUUCAACAGCACCAAAGAACCCACACAGGGGAGAAACCUUUUGAAUGCUCAGAGUGUGGAAAGAGAUUCAGUCACAGUGGCAAUCUUCUACUGCAUCAGAGAACCCACACAGGGGAGAAACCUUUUGAAUGCUCAGAGUGUGGAAAGAGAUUC